CUAAGUCCUACUCUUAUUCCUUGACUGUCUGUGAACUACAGUUUCGUCUAUAUAAUCUGUAUAUAGCUACUAGCUGUUGUUACUACUUAAGUAGUCUUGUCCCUAAAAUUCUAAAUCCUAAAAAAUAAUCGAAAUAAAGAUUCGGUAGACAUUGCACUCCAACGUCCAAAUCAUGAUUCUGGAAGCAAUAGAGAGCCCAUCUGCUUGGAGGCUUCAUUACUUUAACCAUCACUUGGACAAUGUGGAAAAUAUAUUGCGCAGAAUAGAAACCUACAGUCUGGAGCUAAAUAACCACAUAUGUGGCACAAAGAAGCUGGUGGCCACCAAUCAAAAUUUAAUUGCACGACUUAUGAAAAACGAUCAAUCCAUAAAGACGCUGCUGGAGGAUAAAAAUCAAGAAAAGCAAGUGGGCCCUUCCGUUGAAAGCCAAAAACAUAGAUCGAGUAAAAGAAGUUGUCAUCUUCGGCGGACCUGCAAGGUGACCAACAUUCGGGAGGUAUGUUGGACGCAAUGCAAGUCUCCCAUCUUGACACGGAAAGAAGACAAAGCCGAGGAAUGUGCUGAGAUACACAGGAAAUCCCACACUUUGCUGAGAUCUCUCCAGAAAGAUUAUAGGCGACAGAAAGGUGGUCAGGAGCCUAGCAACGAAAUAGUGCCAAUGGUUGACCAAAACGAGGAGAUCGUCUUUAAAGUGAAAUGCAUCUUCAAGUUGGUUGAAAAGCUGGACUUUAAGACAGCCAGAAUUGCGGAUGUGAAAGCAGUUUGCAGACGGGUGCUGAGUGCAAUGUUCAAGCGUCAGAAACCGUGUUGUGAGCAUAAAGUUAAGUCCCAUAUUACUCUUAUCUACCCCGAAAAUCCCUACUUAAAGCCCUAAAUACAACAUUUAACUAUUUGAAAACAUAUAACGUUGUAAUUUAUAGACAUUUAGUUUUGGACCUUCUAAUUAAAAAACAACAUUUUAUAUACAAAUGUAUACAUAAACUUUAAAUAUAAUAGAGGCUUU